GUGGCGAGGUUUUUUUUGGCCAGGCAGUGUAUGUGUAGGAGCAUUUCUGAUGCUUCACUCUGAUUAUCAAAUUAUCAGGUUCAUUGUUCACCAUCUGUUGGUUAAAUCAAAGUCUAUCCAAUGGCGUCCCUGCAAUUAACCGAGUGGAACACUGGUGUCUUUGACUGCUUUGAGAGCACGAGUACUUGUUGCUAUGGUUUCUGGUGCUGCCCUUGCCUCGCCUGCUCAGUGGCGGGAAAAUUUGGAGAGAACCGCUGCCUCCCACUGUGCGACAUCUGCAGCCCUGCCAUACUGACGUCCUUUGGGAUCCCUCUGUUUGCUCCUCCUGCUGCCAUCGCUCUACGCUCUGGCAUUCGGAACAGAUAUCACAUCAAGGGUUCAAUGUGUAAGGACAUCGCAACUUCCUGUUUCUGUGUGUGGUGCACCUGGUGUCAGAUGCACCGCGAGUUAAAAUACCGCAAGAAAAACCCCACGGUUGUUGUCAACAUGCAGCCUCCCCCGGUGAUGAUGGCUCCUGGAAACCAACCACAGUUCAUCAUUCAACACUGAGAUUUGUGGUUGGACUGGUUUGUCGUAACGAGGAGUUCACGCUCAUGGCGCUUAGUUUGUUUAGUUAGACCAUUCAAAUCAGCAGUGGAACAUAUGAUUAUAAUCGUGCUAAAUGUAAUCACAAUCUUUUGAAUUAUUUGCUGUGGCAUAGGUGUGUGUGUGUGUGUACUGUUUCUGUUUUCUUAAUUAUACUCGUGACUCAUGUUAUGGAACACUCCUCCAAUUAACUUCUGUCUCUCCAGAUCUACGUCAAUGAAUCGCAAUCGAAAUCAAAAUCAGCUUUGGAAAAAUCAGAUCUUGUGUAAUCUUAGCUAUUCAUACUGCUAAAAAAUCUAUUAUUUAUGGCCCAAGGGAGAUGGGGAGUUGUGCAUUGAACUCAUCUGUGACAGACAGAUUCAUGCAUUUAUCUCAUAUUAUGUUAUUUAACCCCAGAUGUGAAAGAAAUUA